AACUUGUUUUUUUUUCUGGUGGCGGUAGCACAAAUCUGUCAAUCGAUAGGCUACAAAGGAGCUGAGAGACCGGCGCUCGAAUACCUAACCAACAUCGCUACCAGAUAUUUGAAAGCAGUAGCCAAAUUGAGCGUGGAAUCCGCCAAUUCGAGCGGGCGCACCGAAUCAAACCUCUUCGACAUCGUCGCCGUGAUCGAAGACUUGACAUCGGUGCAAGGCUUCGACGGCGCGUGGAGAGUGAGGUCGCAAUCGUUGUGGAGGUCAGCCGUGAUUAGGGAUUUGAUGAAGCUGGUCAAGUACACAGACCAAACUCCGUUUGCUCAGCCGUUGCUGCCGAGGAGGAGUUGCUCCGAUAAAGAGAUAUUGUUGAAAGACAGGGAUAACAACGGGUGGUACAAUGAGGGGAGAUUGAAGCACGUGCCACGGUGGUUGCCAGCGGUGGUGGAGCGGGGCGGUGGGGCGGAGGAGAGGGAAGGGGAAGUGAAGUGGGAGGAGAGUAUGGAAAGAGAGGGUUUUUGUUGAUUUAGGAUAAAAUUGGGUAAGAGGUGAGGUGGAAAUUAAUGUUUACGUGGCUCCCACGUUUUUGACAGAUGGAAUGAAUUAUGCCACGUUUAAUCGGAGCUACACCGGAGCUCGCC